AUUGGUACCUCUAUUUUUUUUGUAAAGCUUAUGUUUCGCCUUAGUGACACUGUGACAACAAUGAUUUUAAGAAUACAUUUCUGAUUUAUACUCACUCAGUCCGUUGUACCUGAUUGUUAGUAAUUAUGCAUACAGUGCUGCAUAAGUAAUAGUUCAUGUAUAUAUCUAUUUGCCGCUAUUUUGUGUUUUAUAUUUAUGUAUAGCAGCUAUAACCCGACCGAGUUGAAUAUGUCGCGAGGAAAGGAAGCGCUACGUUCCAUUUCAUUUCAUGAGGUCUUGCAAUCGAUUGAAUAUCUAUUCUUAAUUUGGUACCAGUCUACUAGCUAUCAGGAACUUAAGUAUUGUUGACCUUAUGACGGAAUUUCUUGUAUGAUUUAAAAUUUGGUGGUAAUUACAUCCAAAACUUAAUGAAUGUUCUCGGUAAAAAAAAUAAAUGUAAAAAAAAUCGAAAUGGAACGUUUUUUAGUCUAUGGUGUUUUAUACGCUUUUUCCGAAUUAGUUAAAUUGGAGAAUCGUAAUUACACUCUGUGAAGUGCGAAGUCAAAAUGCAUGCAUAUUGACGACUACAUUUUAUUAUUGGUCUCGUUACGAUAUUUGUGUAUAACUUACGAGUUCAUUGUGAAAUCUGAUAUAUGAAAUGGCGGCCGAAGUGCCUGUAAGUGUUGUAUUAUGUGAAGCAAUGGAGUAUCUGUCUAAACUUGGUGCUAAUCUACGAACUCGGUCCGAAAAUUUGAAAGACAAGAGAAUUAAUAAAGACAAACUAAAGAAUGCUCAUGCUGUUCAUAAAGCUGCCUCUAAGGUGCUUCUUAUUUGCGAACUGUCAAAAAAGUCUCUAGAAAAAGUUGAAAACUGUGUUCAGAGUGUAAUCUCGCGAGUUGACGCAUCUCAAGCUCCAUCGAAUGUUGGCGGGAAAAGUCAAGAGAAACCAAAGUUUUACUAUUUCGAAUAUGACACACAUAAAUUACGAAUAUCUAAGAAAAUUUCAAUAAAACAUUAUACAUCAGCUAAAGUAGUCGCCAAAAGUAUGACUAUUUCAAUGCAUGAUAAUUAUCCUGUUUAUUACGAUUGCAAACUAAAGAGACUCAGGGUAGGAACUUCAGACUUCAAAAGUCGUAAAUUGGCAAAUAUUGAUUUUGAAACUAAUCAGGGUAAAUCUGACUCCAAUCAAAAUGAAAUUGUUGAUGUAGAAUCUGAUGAUGCAAAAACUGAAAUGGCUGAGAAUUCAAGUGAUGUUACAAAAUCUACACAAAAUACUGCAGAAUGUACCAGUACCAACAGUGAUAGGAGAAAACCAUUGAGAAUUAUGAGCAUCAGUGACACUGAAGAUGACAUUGUACCUUUAGCGACUAAAUCCUCAAAUUCUGUCUCAACUGAAGAUAGUGUAAGUAAAUUAGUAAGUGAUGAAAAUAAAAGUGAAGAUAGUAGUGCCACAACUGAAAAUAAUAAUGUUGACCAUACUGAAUCCUUGGUUAAAGAACACAGAGAGUCUCAUUCUGGGCCAGAGGAUGGAAAGGUUUCCACAGAAGAAAGUAGUAAAAAAAAAUCUACAAAAGGUGGUCCAAUCACAAUAUUUUUUAACAGAAAGAAUACAGUGAAAAAAUCCAAAACAAAUGGACAACAAAAGAAUUCAAGUCAAAUACUGCCUGUAGAUGACACCAAUAGUGAAGAAGAUUUUAAAAGCAAUAAAAAUAAAGAGGCACAAAAAGAGAAUAAACCUGCAAGUAAUGAAGCAAAUUGCAGUAGUGACAAUCUUGAACCCAUCAAAAGGAAAAGAAAAAAUUCAAAUGUAAGUGAUUCUUCAAGUCAAAUUAAUGAUGAUUCCACUAAGAAUUCAGAAGAAAAUAACAUGCAGAAGGAACUUAAUGAUGAUUCUAAUGACUCAAACAAUUCAAAACCCUUGAUCCGCUGUGUUAAUAUUACAAAAUUAUUAAAACCAGAUGCAGUGCCAGUCAAAAGUGACUUGUUUGCAGGAAAACAAAGUGAUAUAAGAGAGCAUUUCAGCAAAAAAGGAAGUGCUCAGGUUCAUAGUAAAGAGGAAUCAAAAAUUUACAAUCUCGGAAAUAAGGAAUCCUCAAAAUCAAUGAUUAUUAAAAAUAAAAGCAAUUGGGAUAGUAAACUUAAAGAAGUUAAGAAUUUCAAACUCAAAAAGUUUAGUUUAAAUGUAGAAAGACUGCCAGAAUUAAGUACAAAGUUUUUACUUGACCAUAAUCUUAUUAGAAUUAUUCAAGGUGGCCAUACUGUAUGUGAAGUUAGAAAAGAUGAAGCAAAGUCUGAUACAUAUAUGAAAAAAGUUAAAAAUGCCUUAUUGAAUGAUUCUGAAUCAGAUGACAGUGUAAAAGCUCAAUCAAAAAGAGUAAAACAUAGCCUGCUUAAUGAUUCUGAUUCCGAUAAAGAAAUUGGAACAAAUAUUGACAGUCAGGUAGUGAGCCAAAAGGAAAUUAAUCCUGCAACUAUUAAAGAUUCACUACUUUGUGAUUCUGACUCUGACAAAAAUGAAGAACAGGUUGUUAAAGAAAACAGUAAAGUCUCUGAUGGCAAUACUAAUAACAGUCAAGAAAGAAUUGAUACAGUGGUUGAAAACAUUAUAGCAUCAUUGUCUAGGUUAAAUGAACAUUCAGCUCAAAACCAAGAAAAGAGUGAUGACAGUAGUCUUAAGUCUUAUGUAAAUAAGGAAAAUGAUAAUCAUAAUGUCAGUGAAACAGAGAAACUAAAUGAACCUUGCCAUGAUACUAUCAAAGCAAAAUCAUCUUUAUUAAAUGACAGUGAUAGUGAUUCCGAACCAUUUCCAAGAACUAAGGAGAGGUUUAUAAGUGCCAGGGAAAGUAGUGAACUAAAAAAAAUGCUUCUCAAUCAUUCAUCCAGUUCAGAGCAUGAAGAAUCUGUAACAAAUGUGUUAAAAAGAGGCAGAAAAAAAUCACGAUCAUCAAAUUCAUCAUCUUCAGAAACAGCAAAGUCAAAAAAAACGGCAUGUAGUGAAAAAGCCCACAACAGUAGUAUCAACCAAAUUGAUGGGACUGUUGAUGAACACUCUGAUUCCAGUGUUAAAAAGAUGGUACGCUCUAAAUCAAAACCCAGUGGCAGCAGUGUCCAGAACUCAGAAAUUCAAGAUGCGAGUGACAGAGAUAUUGAAGGGCUGACAAAUUUAAACAGUUUAAACAAAUCUCGACGGCAUGGUUCUUCGUCAAACAAUACUGAGAGCAGGAGUUCUGCGAGGCAAGCGUGUAAGCUGAAGCAGACGCCGACCAUCGGCGAGGACUUAUUGCACGCUGAGAGCAGCUCAGACGUCUCGGAGAACAAUGUCGACGAAAAUGUUGAAGAAGAAGAUUUACCUAAAAUUCAUGGUCUUAACGGAGACAGCAUCGGUCAUCUCGCUAAAGAUGAUUUACUAAAUGAAAGUGAUUCUUCGGCGUCUCAGGAUGUAGAGGCCACUGAGGAUACACAACACAUAGAAGAUUCCGAGGAAGAAAACGUUAUAUCAAAAAGGCGUAAGGCAAAUGCAAUAUCAUCAGACUCAGAAGGCGGGACUUCGCGUCGUAAACAUGAAGACGAUGAAGAAGCUAGGGUUAGCGACUUUGAGGAUUCCGAGGAUGAGAGCUCAGAGUCUGCAAAACGCUCCAAGCGGAAGAAAAAGCCCUCGGAAAGCGACGGAUCAGCGGGAUCUAGUAAUGAGGGAAAAAAGAAACGUCGACGCAUAAAACAAGUUAAUGAUAGUGAUGGAUCUGGAUCGGACACUGAAAAUGAAGGUAGAAAUAAACACGGCAGGAAGAAUAUACGUAAGGUAAUGGGUAAGAAUCAGUUAGAGGAAGCUACAAAGAAAGCUGCUCGCGAAGAAAAGGAAAGAAUUGCUCGUAUUGCAGAUAGACAGAAAUUGUACAAUAAUUUGGACUUUGAUGAGACUGGAAAGCCGGAUGAAGUUGUCUUGGAAAAAGUCGUGUUGGAUUUCGAUCCAGAAACUAAAGAACCACUAAUUCAAGUUGACAGAGGUCUCGUCAAGAAGUUGAAACCACAUCAGGCUAAUGGUAUAAAGUUCAUGUGGGACGCGUGCUUCGAGAGUGCCAAGCGAAUCAAAAAAGACAGAGGCUCAGGAUGCAUCUUAGCGCAUUGCAUGGGUCUGGGAAAAACGUUACAAGUGAUAUCCCUAACCCACACGCUGUUGACUCACGGCUCCCUCACAAACGUGAACCGAGUGCUGGUCGUGUGUCCGCUCUCCACUGUACUCAAUUGGGUUAACGAGAUCCGCAUGUGGCUCAAACACGCCGAAUCUGACUUCGAAGUUGACAUCUAUGAACUGUCCAGGUAUAAGCAGAACUCCGAGCGUGCUUUCCAGCUGCAACAGUGGUUAGAUAAUGGCGGCGUCUGCGUGCUCGGUUACGAGAUGUUCAGAAAUCUCUCUGCUGACAACCCUAAGAAGUUUAAGAAGAAGAUGCUGAGAAGUUUCCAGGAGAGCCUUGUGGAUCCAGGUCCGGAUUUGGUAGUAUGUGAUGAGGGUCAUUUACUGAAGAACGAAAAGACCAGUCUAUCACAAUCCAUGAACAGAGUUAAAACACGGCGUCGUAUAGUGCUUACCGGGACACCCUUACAAAAUAACUUGAAAGAAUAUUACUGCAUGGUACAAUUUGUGAAACCUAACUUGUUGGGUAAAUACAAUGAGUACUUGAAUCGUUUCGUAAACCCCAUCACUAACGGCCAGUACACGGACUCAACGGAGCACGACAUUAGGAUUAUGAAGAGACGGUCGCACGUGCUACACAAAAUGUUAGAUGGGGCUGUGCAGAGGAGAGACUACGGGGUGCUGGCGCCCUUCCUUCCUCCGAAGCACGAAUAUGUCUUGUUCAUAACACUGACUGAUGUUCAAGUUAAACUGUACCAGCACUAUUUGGAUAAUUAUUCUAGAAGACCACUACCAGGCAAGUCUGGGUUCCUGUUUCCGGACUUCCAGUCCUUGCAAAGGAUAUGGACACACCCGCUGGUCCUCAAAUACAAUUCGGAAAGAUACGAAAUUAUGCAGCAAAAGAAGAGAGAGAGAGAAGAAGAAGACUCAGAAGGCUCAUUAGUCGACUUUAUAGAUGAUGAUUCUACUCCAGAUGAAACUUCAACAGAAGAAUCUACGGACGAUUCAUCAGAGCUAAGCGAUGACAGCCGCAAAAAGAGCAAGAAAAAGAAAUCAGGCAAGAAGGAUAAGAAAGGUAAAGAGGCGAAAGUUGGCACGCGACGUGGGACAAGGGCUAAUCCAGUUGAAGCGGAUGAUGACGAUCCCGACGUCGCGGAAGUGUUUGAAGUAAAGAAUGAGAACCCAACUGAAUGGUGGAUCAAAUUAGUCGAAGACGAGGAGUUGGAUGACAUGAGGAAUUCACACAAACUUGUGCUGCUGUUCGAUAUACUGCGGCAGUGCGAGGCUAUUGGAGAUAAAUUGUUGGUGUUCUCGCAGUCGUUGUACUCCUUAGAUCUGAUCGAGCAUUUCUUGGGUAAAGUUGAUGAGGCGACCCAAGAAGGACGCAUCGACGAGAAACUUGGAGGACAUGUCGGUUCAUGGUCACCGGGCGUCGAUUACUUCAGGUUGGAUGGUUCUACGUCAUGUGAAAACAGAUCUAUUUGGUGUAAGAAUUUCAACAGAGAAGACAAUCCAAGGGCCAGAUUAUUCUUAAUAUCGACGCGUGCUGGCGGUCUGGGUAUCAACUUGGUGGCAGCUAACCGUGUGAUCAUAUUCGACGUAUCAUGGAACCCCUCGCACGACGUGCAGAGUAUAUUCAGAGUUUAUCGUUUCGGGCAGAAGAAACCUUGCUAUGUUUACAGAUUUUUGGCUAUGGGAACAAUGGAAGAGAAGAUUUACGAGCGUCAAGUAACAAAGCAAGCGAUAUCGAAGCGCGUGAUAGACGAGCAGCAGAUCGACCGUCACUACGCGGAGAACGACCUCGCCGAGCUGUACAAGUUCGAGGCGCGGCCCGACGAGCCGCGCCCGCUGCCCACGCUGCCCAGGGACCGCCUGUUCGCAGAGAUGCUCAAGGAGCACGAGGCACAGAUAUACAAGUACCACGAGCACGAUUCGCUACUGGAGAACAAAGAGGAGGAGACUCUUAGCGAGGAAGAGCGCAAGGCGGCCUGGGAGGACUUCGAGAACGAGAAGAACAAGCCGCCGCCCACGCCCUUCCCGUCUGCUUGGCCCAUGCAUAAUGGAAUGGUACCAGGUUUGUUGGCGCAACAACAACAGCAACUGGCCUAUGCAGCGUUAGCGGCGAUGCUUCGCAAAGAUAUGCCUAACAUCAACGACAACCAGAUUCGAGACAUGCUGCCACUUAUAUACAACUCUAACCCCGGAUUGAUGCAAAAAAUGGGAGAAAUAUACAAGUAUGCUCAGCCGGGAGUGAUGAAUCCCGGUAUGAUGAACCCAGUCAUGAAUGCUGCAGCGGGCAGCGGCGGCGGCGCGGGCGGGCUGGGCGGCGCCAGCGGCCUGCAGUACGAGCCGCCCUGGCAGCGGCAGCAUCAGCAGCAGCAACAGCUGCGCCUGCAGCAGCUCAUGCAGCAUAACCCACAAAUGGGCGCGAAGUUCUACGCGGGCGGGCUCGGCAGCCGCGACCCCGUGGCCAUGGCCCUGCAGCAGCAGCGCGCGCGCGAGAUCAUGAUGGGCGGCGGCGCGGGCCGUCCGCGCGGCCGCCCUCCCCUCGCGCCACGCCGCGACCCGCCGCCCGCCCCGCCCGCGCCGCAUGACGUCGUCAACCUCGACUCCGACUAGAGGUGGAGAGCCGUGAAAAGGACCGUGUACAGUGAUAUAAUGUAAUAGGUGCUACACUGCUAUAUGGAGCGAGGUGAAGUCGCUGCGGCCUCGCCGGCCCGCCGCCACGCGCGACGGGCUCGCCGGGCCGCUCGCACCGGCCUCGAGGUGAUCAUCUGGCCAAAAUACAGUGAUAUUUUGGAGUGUGAGCUCCAUAUAUGUAGCUUUUCGCCUUGAGGCUUGCGCUCUUAUGCUACAUAUCAAGAAUCUCAGUAUUUUAAUUUGUAGUUCACACCCUCCUAGACGAUAGCUCUGUAUUCUCAAUUUGAUUUUAUAACAAGGACUUGUGGCGUCCACAUAUCAAUGAACAUACUUCAUUUCAAUUUGUCAACAACAGCGGAAGCCUAAGGCGUAGUUUAGUAAAAGGUAAAGUGCACAAGUUUCGUCAUAUUUUAAGUUUCGCAUACACAAUUAUGCUUAGACUUGAAAUGUGACACUUGUGCUGGUGGGAGUAAACAUUCUACUUUCUGACACUAUGUGUGAGGAUGUCCUAGGAACUAUCGAACAAACGAAGCAUCCUAAGAAACUACACAUAACACAACGUAGUUAUUAUAACCCGUGUGCAGUAAUAGUAAGACACGAUACGAUUUUAACCUACUGUCGUAGGAUGCUUCAGGUGUCAGCUUGAUAAAUUUUAACUAUAUCUCUCAGUACAGGAAAUUAGUGAUAAGUUAUAUGUCGGUAGUUAGAAUACUUUUGUGUGUCUAACAUAGUUGCGAUCGCGGCUGCGCUCGGACCGUGUUCCAGAGCUGCAUUAUCAUACACCCAGAGGAGGUAGCUAAUGGAACAGUUCAUGUUCAGGCAGACGCGAUCAGGUCGGCUUGCUCAUGUAUUGCCAAGUAAAACCGAUGAAAUCAUGAUAAUUAUUACGUCAACAUUCCAUUAGCUCCUUACUCUCUGAUAUGCACCUUCUAUGUAACAGUAUAGUGAUAUAUUUACUCUACUAGUGACUGCAACACCAACCUGUUAUUAAUGUUAUUGAUUGGUUUAUGUAGUUUAAAUCAAUACAAUUUGUUUAUAGUUCAAUAAAAAUCAGGACUUUAUGCUUGGCACAUAAACCUCUAGUAACAUUGAUGUUAAAUUAUAAGAAUAGAGAGAUGUUAUUUUAAUGGAUUAUCAGAUAUUUUGCUGAGGUGCAAACUUUGAUUUGAAAACAGAUCUGUUUUAGGAAUCUUAUUAUUAUAUUGACCCUGCUGCUUAAGCAAAAACUAGUUAUAGAAUGGUUUGUUAUUUCUCCUCCUAUUCAUGACUACUGUUAUAAUGACAAAGACACACCAUUCAUAACUAUUUACUGCCUAAGCAUCAUUUUAAGUAAAGCUGUAACUGCAUAACUUAAGUUCACAUAAUAAAUACCACAAUUAAGGAGAAAUGAAUUAUAUAAGCAGUUUAUAUAUCGUAAUUUAAGUCCAAAAUUAGGGACAUUUUUAUGGAUGAAAGUGUAUUUUUCCAAAUUUCCUGAAUUAUUCAGAUGGUAUCACUUUUCCAUAUUUAAUUUUAAUACUGCUUAGAAUUAGAAAAAUCAUACUUUUUAUACAUACAAAGCAUUACAUUUUUUUUUAUUUUGGGCAUAAGCAAUGUUUCUAUUCAUUACCAUGUACUCACAUUGAAAUCAUAGUGCAGUAUAACUGUCUUAUUAUUUGCAAAUUCUUUAUUUACCAUUUUCUCCUGUGUCACUGUGGGGACAAUUUAAGUGAUGUUUAUGUGACUGUAUUUAUUUGCCUGCUAACAAACAGGUGGUUUAGUUGUGAUAUUGCCUAAUAUUAAAUUUUUGUAUACGUUUAUUUUAAUUAUGUCACAUGGGUGACUUUAAUGUUAGAAGCAACUAUCUGUAGCGAUAUGUUUUAGAAUAUGUUAUUGUAUCUAUAGUGUGACAUGGAAAUUGUAGUGCAUUUCAUUUUGUAAGUUUGAUAAUUGUUUUAUGAGAAAUUCUCAUUGUUUUAUUAUAAUUUUGGAUUAAUUUACAGAUUUUUCUAUGCUUAAAAUGUUAUUUAUAAUUUUAAAACAGUUAUGUUAAUAAAUGAGCAGUAUUUCAGUUAGUUUUAAGCUUAUGUUAUAUCCAAUAUCUCCACACAUACCUAUAGUUUAUUUUUUGUUUUUCUUUUUAUACAACUACCUAGCAAUAGUGUUGCUACAUGAAUAUUGUGAGGUUGCUACACAUGAGUGAGGACUGCUGUAAUUGUUUUAUUAUUUAUGUAAUAUAUAAUAUAAUUGUAACUGUAGAGAACUUCCUAUUAUUUUGUAGUACAAUCAAAGUAUAAUAAAUGAUUCAGAAACGUGUAA